CUUUAUGUUUUCUGUUCCCCGGGGCCACAGUGUUUUCAACGGGACUCAACUACUUACUCACUGGACUUGCUAUGGCCGCUUGACCCGGGCUGAGAUAUAUAUAAAUUCCUCCGACAUUGCACAAACUUUUCCAGAUAUAACUUUUCCUCUUUUGGUGUAGAUUUUAUGUCAAGAAACGAGGAUGCAACCCCCACCGAGAAAGGUCCGGGUCACCCAGGAGCUGAAACACACUCACGCCGAGCAGAUGAGCAGAUUACAGAUCAAACACCAGACAGAGUGUGACCUGCUGGAGGACCUGAGGACUUUCAGCCUAAAGAGAGCCGCUGUGGAGAGGGACUACGCCCAGGCCCUGCAGAAGUUGGCCAAUCAGUAUCUGAAGAGGGAAUGGCCAGAGAGUGUGACAGAAGAACGGGCAGAUCACAGGAACAUGUUCUGUGUAUGGAGGGCGUAUUUGGAGGGAACGGUCCAGACCACCCAGUCCAGAAUCAGCACCUGCGAUAACUACAAAAUCCAGGUUGCCGAUCCGGCCAAAAUGGCACGACUGCAGAAGGAGCAGCAGCUGAGGAAGUGCAUUGAGCAGCUCACAGUGGUCCAGGCUGAGCUACAGGAGUCGGUGAAGGAGCUGACUAAGAGCAGGAAGAAGUACCAGGAGGCCGAGACGAUGGCGCAGGCUGUCCGAGAGAAGGCAGAGCUGGACGCCAAGUCCAAGCUAAGUCUGUUCCAGUCCAGAUCGAGUCUACAGAGGGCUAGCGUAAAGCUGAAAGCCAAGAGGAGCGAGUACAACUCCAAAGCCACCCACAACAGAAACGACUACCUUCUCAUGCUAGCGGCAGCCAACGCUCACCAGCAACGCUACUACAACACAGACCUCGUGGACUGCAUCAAGGUCUUAGAUGGCAAAGUCUAUGAGCAGGUAAAAGAUUACCUGGUUUCACUGUGUCAGACUGAGCUGGAGUCAUACCAGGCUGUCCACAACACCUUCAACCAGCUCUUGAACAGCUCCAAUGAGAUUCUGCAGGACUUUCAUCAGCAGAUGUUUGUACAGAAGAACUCCAUGUUUCAACAAGCGCCAGACUUCUCGUUCCAGCCCGUCGACUCCGACACGGUGAUGGAGCUGCAGAAGGAGAGCGGGACGGCGGAGGAGCACAGUCUGGAUAAGGAGGCGAGGAAAUGGGCGAGUCGCGUGGCCCGAGAAUACAAGAGCAUCAUCCACACACAGAGGGCCAUGGAGGAGUACGGGAGUACGCAGGAGCCGUCGGAGCAGAUCAGCAGCGAGAUGGAGACCAAGAUGGAGGUCGCCAGGCAGAGUCUUCGGAGGGCAGAGACGGUGAAAGUGAAAGCAGAGGCUCGCCUGGACUUACUGAGGCAGGCGGGAGUCGCUGUUGAGACGUGGCUGAAGAGCGCGAUGAACCAGGUGAUGGAGGAGCUGGAGAACGAGCGCUGGAACAACCUCAAUACCCACGAUCCUUCGCUCUCUGGAACGGCAGACUUGGAUCGAGAGGAUGAAGAGGAGAUGGAGGACAGCGGGGAGGUGUUGGACGACAGCAGCUCCAGCCCCUCCAGCACCUUGAAGAACUAUCCGCUCACCUGCAAAGUGCUCUACUCCUACAAGGCGUCUCAGCCGGACGAACUGACCAUUGAGGAGCAGGAAAUCUUAGAGGUCAUUGAUGACGGAGACAUGGAGGACUGGGUCAAGGCCAGAAACCGUAGCGGACAGGUGGGCUACGUCCCAGAGAAAUACUUGCAGCUGCCUUCAUCCAAUAGCCUCCUGAGUAUGCUGCAGUCUCUGGCCGCGCUGGACGCCCGGUCACAUUCCUCCAGUAACUCCACUGAGCCCGAAACCGAGCUCCCAGCCGUCUCCAUGAAUGGCGACUCCAGCGUGUCGUUUGCGAAGGCCUUAUACGACUACGCUGGACAAACCGAGGACGAGCUGUCGUUUCCAGAAGGCGCCAUCAUCCGCAUCUUAAGCAGAGAGACCCACGAGGAUGACGGCUUCUGGGAGGGCGAGUUCAACGGCGUCGUCGGUGUCUUCCCCGCGGUUCUGGUGGAGGAUCUCACCAGCGCCGGGGAGAAUGGAGACGGCAGUGCACAGGCCUCCCCCUCCACUUUGUCUCAGUGCGACCGCUCCCCUCGUAGUCCCUUCCAGCCGCUGCCUCUCCACAGCAGUCCCCUCCAGACGCCCACCAUGUCCUCUCCGGUGUCAAGUCCCUGCAGCGCCACAGCUUCUCCCAUUGGCCGACCACCCUCCUAUCACAAUGGACAUCACAGGCCGCCACCAGCUCCACACAAAAGCCCCUUUCACAGUCCGGCACAAGGCUCCCCUCAACCUCCCAAGUAUCCAGAAAGCGGCUCUACCAUCCGACCUGUCCGUGCUGCUCCUCCGCCACCGAAGCAACAUCCUCGUGGGCAGGUGAAGCGACGGGAGGAGGUGGAGAUCACGCUGGUGUGAAGGCGACACCCUGGUUUGAACCAACUGGGACUGAACGAACCCCCAAAGGAAACCUGAGGAAACAUUGAAAAAAAAGAAAAGAAAGAAGAAGUUGCCUCGAGGCAGGAGAGGCCGACACUCAGACCUCGUAGGGUCAGAAAUCUGUGGAGGAACAUUGUGCCUUUCUUUCUGUCCCGUUUUCUGAUUUCACACACCUAUCGUUUGUCUCCUGUUCAAGUUGGACCGAUAAACAAGGACUAGUCCAUGCUGUCCCAUCUGGACAUGACUUAUUUUCAGUCCCAGAAAUAUGUGAGAUCCCAGAAAAGAUAGCCACACAUUAACCGCUAACAAUAAUUACUUCAUUUGCAAACACUUGUUUGAUGAGUGUUGAAUUCAGCUCCUUCAUUUUCCUGCAGAGAGGUCGAUGCCACUAACUGCCGCUCUUAGCGUAAAGACUGAAAACAGGGAUAAUUGGCUAGCCUGACAAAAUAAAAUAAAUAACUACAACAGAGUAAAGAGUUAUAAAGUUGUGCUAGCUUAUUAAGCUAAGCUAAUUGCCUCAUAGUUUAACAGCUGUCUCUUUCAAUAAAAAAGAAAUUAAAGGGAUUGUUUAAUAAUCAAGUACAAGCUGUUAAAGGACCAGUGUGAAGGAUUUAAAGGGCUCUAUUUAAAGUAUUAUGAAAUGUUGGACUUUUGUUGGCUCAUAUUGGCAGAGGAAGCUUGGAAGCUAUUACAAACAUGGCGCCCUCCAUGGAUGGAGGGUGCCAUGUUUCUACAGACAAAUAUUAACUCUACAACUCCACGUUAUUACACUUGAUUCAUCAGCUGUCAUAUGUCAUCGUAUAUACUUGGGAAGGGCUGAGGGCGGGAGCUGGAUGCAAUCUGCAACUUCACCACUAGGUGUCAUUAUAUCCCACACACUGGACCUUUAACGUAUGUUCGAUUAGACGCGUCCCAAAGUCAGAAAUCGGUCAAAGGAUUUAAAACAUUUAGAGUUAUUGCUGGUUUAAUGAUGAACUAUUAAGCGACUGACCUCAACAACAGGAUAUAUCCCCUCCUUUUCCUCACAUGUUUACUCAUGAAAGAAUAAUACUAUUAAUACUACACGCAUCCUCAUUGUCCACCUCGUCCUCUGUCACUAUGACAACGAGCUGUCAGAUUACUUCUAUGCAACAGAGCCGCACAUGGCAGGAUUGAUCCAACGUGCUCACCGGAAAAAAAACAAAAAACUUAAAGUCUGGCUGUCUCCACGCUCGGUCAAAUAAAUAAAUAAGUAAAUAAAUAAAUGCCAGCACGGGGCGAGGCUGGUCCUCUCCACCGACACACACACACACACACACACACACACACGUAACCGCACACGGUUACACAAACAAGGGAAAAGUGGCAAUUCUAGUUGUGAUUAUUUUUUAUCAGUAGAAACGAUCAAAAGUAAUGAAUCCCUUAUCUUUUAUUUUAUUUUUUAAAAAUUCCUUCUUGUUGUUUUGUUUUUCUUUGCACCAAAUGCUAAGAAAAAAAAAAGUUUAAGGGAGAAGCAUAGUGCGUACACACAUAGUCUAACUUGUUGUUUUUCGUGAUAAAGAUGUAGAAAUGUUAUUAUGACACUAAUGAUGCCGGUAACGGUUGCUGGUUGGUUGCAGUUGGCGACAGUUUACACGGAGGUCAUGUGCAGUUUAAACACGCCUUUAUUUUUAAGGAGGAAUCCAUCCUGAGCUGCUAGCUGCCCAGUUUAAAAUCUAUCCUGUCAUAGUGAAGCACUUUUUGAUGUCUUCUUAUUCCUUUUCAGUAUUGUGGAUGCUACGUUGUUUGUAAACAAUAUUUUCUUGUUUGACGUUUGUUUGCCAGCUGUAUUGGUAUGAAUACUUUUAUUUAGCCUUAAAAAAAAAUAGCCAUUGUAGUGUCUUCGAUUGAGAUUUUUGAUCGUAUUGUUUUUUGAACAUGGAUAGUUUACAGAGAGCUUGGAGAUGGAUAUCUGUACAAAUAAUAGCACAGCUGUUUUCUUUUUGUUCUUUUUAGGAUUAGCAUAAAAAAAAACUAUUAUACCAUAGUUGAAUUUGAUCAGAGGAAAAGAGAUAUCUGUCAGCCAUGUCGCUGUGUUCUCAUUGAUCUCCUUGAGAUCUGAAUGACAUCAAACUUAUUUUUGAAGUUUGCAUUUACCCUGUUGUAUUGAAAAUGAAUAAAAGAAAAGGAAAAAAAAGGAUAGUCUUCAGACUGAAGUCUCUCUCCCAUUAGAGAAGUUUGUUGUUGAGUUGCUACUGGUCCUGAUUCCACGUCGAGUCCGAAUCUGAUAUUCAGUCGCAGAUUUCUCGCGUUUUACAGCGUCGCAUUUACACACCAGUGGAAGUUUACCUGUAUUUAUUGUGUACAAAUAAAUGUGAAAUAAAGAUAGCUUAAAUGAAA